AUGCUGGUGCUGUGCCUGGUGCUCCCAUCCACCUUUUUUGUUGGAGUCUUCGUCUGGAGUGUCUUCCAGCACUUCCUCACCACAGAUGUCCCCUCUACCUUGCAACAUCCCUCCAGCUUCAGAUUUCUGCAUUGCCCGUGCCUGUGUGCAUUCACUUUGGGGAGUAUAUUUGAGAGGCUGGGAAUCUGCUCCAUGCCCAGAUUUAUCCAGUUACUGCAGGGCUUUGUGAGAACAAAAAAGGAUGCCAGACUUGCAACAGCAGAUCUGUAUUUUGGGACCAUACCUGUGAGGCUGUUCCAACCCAAGGCGGAGUCCUCCAGCCCCCGGCAAGGCAUCAUCUUCUUCCACGGAGGAGGUGGGUUAAUGGGGAGCCUGGACUUGUACCAUGACCUGUGCAGUUUUCUGGCCCUGGAGACGGACUCUGUGCUGCUGUCAGUUGGGUACCGCAAGCUUCCUGAUCACCAUUACCCCUGCAUUUUCCAAGAUUGCCUGAAUGCCUCCAUUCAUUUCCUGAAGUCCCUGGAAGCCUAUGGGGUGGACCCCUCCCGGGUUGUGAUCUGUGGAGACAGCACUGGGGGGGGGGCGUACGUGGCCUGUGUCAGCCAGGCCCUGGUGGGCAGACCAGAUCUUCCCCGGAUCUGGGCCCAAGUCUUGAUUUAUCCAGUUGUUCAGGUCAUCAAUUUUUAGCUGCCAUCCCACUGCCAGAGCAGAAGUCCAUUCCUCUCCCAGAAGUUCAUGAUGAUAUGUGUGUUUAAAUAUUUGGUUAUCAACGUCCACUGGUGGGAUGCCAUCUUGGAGGGUGCUUUUGUGCCCCCAGACUUCUGGAGAAAGUACAAACAUUUUCUCAGCUCUGACAACAUACCCAAGAGAUUCAGGAAGACAUACCACCAACCUGUGUUUCCCGCCCCUUUUAAUGAGGCUGCCUAUCUGGAAAACAAACAUCUUUUGGAUGUAGAGAACAACCUGCUGAUAAGAGAUGACGAGACCAUCACUCAGCUUCCUGAGGCCUUCCUGGUGAGCUGUGAGCAUGACAUCCUCCAUGAUGACGCCUUGCUCUAUAGGAAGCGCUUGAAGGACCAGGGGGUUCCUGUGAUGUGGUAUCAUGUAGAAGAUGGCUUUCAUGGGUCCCUACUGUUUUUUGGUAAGAAAUAUUUCUCUUUCCCAUGCUCUCUGGAAAUUGUGAAUGCUGUAACCAAUUAUAUAAAGAGCAUAUAG